AUGGAAAAAAUUCAAUUAAAAAUACCAACUGAGGUAUUUAAAUGUGAUUUAAAUGAUCGGAUCAUUAUUACUGGCGAGUUUGAUAACUGGUCAGGGAGUAAAUAUAUUCUUGAAUCUAAGCAUAACAUACCUGGGGCAAAAGUUGUUGAAAUACCCAUUAUACAGGGUAAAGAAAGUAUUACGUUCAAAUUUAUUAUAAAUGACAGUGACUGGAUAACAUUACCCUAUUUUAAAACUGUUUAUGAUUCUUCUGGAUUCACCAAUAAUAUAUUAUUUUACAAGGACUAUCCCAUUGUUUCUAAAAAAGAAAAGAAAUCUAAUACCCAAUACCCAAUACAAAGAACAUUAUCGAAGGAAAAUUUAUCCAUUCUGGAAGAGAUUACUCAAUCUACCGUGUUGAAAAAAAAAGACAAAGAUCAAACUUCUACCAGAUCAGCAUCUGCAAUUACAGACUAUGUGAACAUAUCAUCAAAUAGUGAACUAAGUAGCACUGAAGAAUUAGAAUACGAAGGUUCUGAAAUGGAUGACCAACUUGAGGAAACAUUACUCGUUCCACUAGAUCCAAAUUCAAAUCCUCAGAAUAAUAAUCCCGAUUCUAAUAAUGAUAAUGAAGAUUAUUUUAAAGAUAUCAUAUGCAAUAAUGACCGCGAUUGUCCCCGUACAAAUAUCAACUCGUUAUAUGGGUUUAUUGCCAUUACAAAACGGUUGGGCAAUAAUUGGAACAAUUAUGAACUUGGGGGAGGGGAAGUUUUUCAAUUAAACGGUUAUUUUUUUUUAUCUAUGUAUGUUCUUUUCUGUAUUUCUUUUUGUUUCCUUCAUUCUUUAAUAUUCUUCUCUCUCAUUUCGCUAAUUAUAACAUUAUUAAUCAUUAGAAGAUUUAUUUAUGCAUAUCUAUAUAAAAUUUGUUGUAUAGUUUAA